AUGGACGCCUCCGCCGUUGCCGUCAUUGUGGUCGCCAGCACUUUGGGCGCGUUCUGCCGAGCAGCCACAGGUUUCGGCGGCUCCAUUCUCUUCAUCCUGGUGUACAGCCUCGCGAAUCAGCUGCAUCUGGCUUCUGGCCUGGAGAGUGCUGUGUUGAUGGUGGUUCUUGGCACCGUCUUCGAGUUCAGCACCUCGACCGUGCUCUUUCUGGCCGUAGCCAGACGAACCUGCAGCUUGUGGCGCAAUCUUCUGCUCUUGUCCGUGCCUGGGUUGCCGGGCACGGCUCUGGGGCUAUACAUCCUGGUGCAGACUGGCGAGAACAAAUCCAUCCUGGAGAUGGUGAAGACCUGCCUGAACUUGACAUUCGCCCUGGUCGCUCUCUUCAAGAUCACCAUGGAGUUCCGGGCCUAUGCUAAAGCACGACGCGCAAACGAGGCAUUGCACAUCACGGAGGUGCUCGACGAGGACGUCGACACCGAACUCUGCAAAAAGAUGGGAAUACAGUUCACCCUCGUGGGCUUCUCCUGCGGCUUUCUGAAUGGCCUCAUGGGUCUUCCAGGUCCGCUGAUGAUGGUGCACUUUGCGCAGGCGCUGUCCAAUAAGAAGAUGACGGCCAACACCUGCUACACGCUGACGCAAGCGUUUUUCAUGCUGACCACAGUGAUGCGAUUGUCUUCCCUCACCUCACCGGAGGUUCGUGAGGAGUUGGCUGCCCAUUGGCACCUUGCCCUCGUGAUUCCGCUGCCCUCGCUGGUGGCGCUGGGUUGCGGCUGGGAGGUCCGGAAGCGCUUCAACACGACGCUGCUGCUGCGAUGCGUCAUCGCCUUGCUUCUCCUCUCCUCGCUGAUGGGCCUCGGGAUCCUCGAGAGCUCCGCCCUUGGUUUCUGGGCCCUCGGCCCCUUGGCCGCUGAGGGAGGCGAGCCUUGCGAGCCAGGGGGUCGGAACUUGGCAUGGCGUCCGCUAUUGCCGGUUAUGGCCGCCCAUUGCAUGUCAGAGGUUUCAGUGCAGUGGAAGCAUGCAGCAGGGCUGUGCUGGAUGCGCUUGUGGUACCAUGCUGCUGUCGCGCCUGUUGCGCAUGGCAUCAGCGGUGCUGUGCGGAUUUGCUGUCAACAUUGGCAGCGGAGCAGGGGCUCCAUGACAUCCACGGCGGAUGUCCAGGCGGGGACGGCGGCUCAGGGGGAUCCUACAAGCAUCGACCCCCUUCCUAGCAGUGGCUCAGCAGCAGUGUCUGGCUGGUGGAACGGCUGGAAUGAGGAUGCAAGCUGGUGGCAGCAUGGCAGUUCUUGGGGUUCCUAUGCAGGGCCUCGCUGGCAUUCCUAUGGCUAUGGAGGCUGGCACUCACAGCAGGGACCCAGUUGGUCCGAUGAUCAGUGGCGAACCAAGCAGUGGGGAGAAGAUUCGGUUGCCGGGCAGAAGACUGGGCAGCAGCAAUCUUCGAGUUCAGGUGAGCUACCUGGUGAAGCGUCGGAAGAGCCGACCGCAGCAAGGAGACAGUCAGACAUCGUGCUUUCACAGAAGGACAAGCGUCUCAUUUACUCCCAGAAAGGUGCGGUUGUCGGUUUUGUCAAGCAAGGCUCUAGCGACAUCAAGGGUCGUGCUAAUCACAUCAAUGUCAUAGAUUGGAGAAGCAGCACGAACAAGCGUGUCAUAGAGUCGAGCUUCGCUGGAGAAACACACGUUGCGCUGAUGGCACUCGGCAUGGGACACUUCUGUCAAGUCUUGAUGAGUGAACUUCGUUUCGGGUCACAGGUGAUAGGUAGUGUGGAUGAUGACGGUUGGAAUGAUCUUGUUCCUAUGUUUUUGGUGACUGACUGUAAGUCUAUUUAUGAUACGGUUCACAAGGACGGGCAGCACAUCUCCGACAAGUCUAGUGUUAUCCAUGCAGUGCUUCUUCGUCAGUCCGACCGUCCCCUGGACUCCAAAGUGAAAUCUUUCCUUGACGGCAGGUCCUCUUUCAUUGACAAGCUUCUAUUCCCGGCACCGCAGCCCACCUAUGGGAAGGACGCUUUCAAGAAGCAUCUGUGUUGGAUACCGUGGAACGAAGCUGUCUCCCCGGAACGGGCUGAAGACGAGAGGUUUGCCGAGGGCAUCCCUUGCGUUUGGCUUCCGGCUCCGCGUGCCGCGGGCGUCAUCUUGUUUUGCCAUGGCAAUGCGGAGGACCUGGGCAUGUGCUUUCCCUUUGUGAGGCAUAUGAGAGAUCAGUUCAAGAUGAAUGUCUUGGCAGUUGAGUACCCCGGCUACGGCCUGCUCCAUGGCAUCUCCUCCUCCUCGGAGUCUGCUCUGAAGGAGGUUGCCCUGACUGCCUUUCGUUUCAUCCUGGACGAGCUGAAGGUUGCGUACGAGCAGAUCAUCCUUUUCGGACGAUCUGUCGGGUCUGGGCCCACUGUCUACCUGGCGAGCAGGUUUCCCGUCGGUGGCCUCAUCCUCGUGGCGGCCUUCGCUUCGGUCCGGGAGGCAGCAAAGUCGCUGGUGGGCCCCUUUGUGGCAAACGUCCUGGAAGAGCGGUUCCCAAACAUCGCUCUGAUAGGAAACGUCUCCUGCCCCACGCUGUUCAUCCACGGCGAAAAAGACAGCUUGGUGCCACCGUCGCACUCGGUGGCCCUUUUCAAGCAGUGUCGGUCACGGAAGUUGCUGAUUACACCACCAGGCAUGGAGCACAACACAAACUUGUUCGUGGAUGCUCAGUACCUGGCAGUGCCUGCCAUCAACUUCUUCGGUCUUCCGGGCUAUCAGCAGGAGUCCCCUCCUCAGAUGCCAAGUCGCUACUUCGAGGACGGCAGACAGGCGUUCCUCCUCCGCAAGGCCGCAAGGAGGAGCCAGGGCUUGGAUGCGGCCUCGGACAGCAGCCCUUGGUUCUAUUUCUGUGGGUGCCCGACAUCGCGCGUCAGGCGCGAUGAGGGCUUGGCGCCAGAUCGCCCGCAGUGCGAGUGGGAUCCAGGCGAUCGCAAUGGCAUCUCGGAUGACCAGGCCGUGGCAGGCGCAGACGCCCCAAGGCGGCAUGGUGAUGUGGCUUCUGAGCGCAGCUGGCUGGUGGGGACCUCGGUGGAGCAUUGGAAGGAGGCCCAGGAUUUUCGAGAAGAGGAAAUCCUGGAGCAAUGA